CUCUUCCCAAUUUCCCAUCUGAUCAUCAUUAAAGAUAAACAACCCAUAUCGUCAUUUGUCGGUAUCAUUUUUGUCACAUUCUUUUGUAAUAAUUUCAUUUUCUUCACAAAAAUCCAUCAACCAUCCAUUUUGUAAAAAUCCCCAUCAGAUUCAUUUCAGACUGUGAAACAAAACACACACACUGACGGACUGACUGACUGACCAAAAAUGAAACAAAGCUGGUUGAAAUCAGCUUAUAAUAAUAAGCAAAAUCACUUUGUUUGCAAAUUAGGGUUUUGUAUUUUGUUAGUUGGGUUUGGAUUUAGACUUCUUUUUUCACAAUCUUCAAAUGUGAUCCCUAAUGUUUCUGAUAAUAAAAUUAACACCCCUCCUGUUGUUCAAAAUGAUAUCGACCAGAUUCUUGAAGAUUUUGUUGAACCCUACAAAGAAUUGAAACAAUUUCAGUCUAAAGAUAAUGAAUCAGGAAGUUGUAAUAUCUUUGAUGGUGAAUGGGUACCGGAUACGGGGAGUCCAGCGUACACGAAUAAUACUUGUAGAUGGAUUGAAAGUCAUCAAAAUUGCAUGGGAAAUGGGAGGCCAGACACCGGAUAUAUGUAUUGGAGAUGGCGUCCUAAAGCUUGUGAAUUGCCUCGUUUUGAUGCGAAGAAAUUUCUUGAAAUGAUGAGGGAUAAAUCGUGGGCUUUUGUUGGUGAUUCGAUAACCCGGAAUCAUCUUCAAUCCUUCCUUUGUGUUUUAUCUCAGGUAGAAGAUGCUGUUGAGCUCUACCACGAUAAAGAUUACAAGAAUCGAAAGUGGCAUUUUCCCUCCUACAACCUUACAGUCUCAGUUAUAUGGUCUCCUUUCCUUGCAAAAGCCAACAUUUUUGAAGAUGUCGACGGUGUUUCCUCCUCGGAAAUCCAACUACACAUGGACAUUCUUGACAAAACAUGGACAGAACAAUUUCACACAUGGGACUACAUCUUAUUUUCUUCCGGUAAAUGGUUUAUCAAGACAACUAUCUACUAUGAAAACAAUUCCAUUUUGGGCUGCCAUGGUUGUGAAGGAAACAAGUACACAGAUCUUGGUAUCAACUUUGCUUACCGGAAAAUAUUAAAGCGCCUGUUUGAAUUCAUUAUGAAUUCCAAUCACAAAGGUAUGAUAUUUUAUAGAACUUCAACCCCGGACCAUUUUGAAAAUGGAUCUUGGUCAAGUGGCGGGACUUGUGAUAGAACUGUUCCUGCUAAUGAAGGUGAUUUUGGGUUGACUGAUUUAAACCGAAUCCUUCGAGAGGUUGAAAUACCAGAAUAUUCAAAAGCUCAAGCUCAAGCUUCUGAGAAAGGGAUGAAGAUAAAACUUCUUGAUGUGAUGCCUCUUUCGUUGGUGAGACCAGACGGGCAUCCAGGUCCGUAUAGACACUAUUACCCUUUUGCGAAAGAUAAGAAGGCUAAAGUUCAGUAUGAUUGUUUGCAUUGGUGUUUGCCGGGGCCGAUAGAUUAUUGGAAUGAUUUGCUGAUGAAUUUAGUGGUAAAUGGUUGAUGCAAUGGCUUGUGAAUAUUGUGAAGACCUCCAUUGCUAUACCUCUUAAAAGUAUAUGUCGUUGCCACCAUUCCUUGGCUUUUAGAAAUCUGAUCAGCAAUUUAUACAGAUAUGUGAUGUGGUGGGCUUUUUUCUCUCUUAUGUUUUGUUAUUGUGAUGGCAUUUAUCAGAGAAUUCUUGAAUGGUUAUAGGCUUAAAAGGCGUGUACUUUAUAUCUAAUAGCCAUAUAUAGAAAAAGUUUGAUCUGAGUAGUUGUAAUA